GAUUUCGCUCCAGUACAAAUUGAGCUGAACAAAUUCAUUUAGCAAGAAGGGCAGCCGGUGCGCUCUUUGAAUUCUCUCAAGCAGUGUUGUGACGGUGGGCUCCUCUGGCAAGGAGGGUCCCUGUGGAGCUGGGGGAGAUUUCCGUCCUGCUGGUGCACAGCCGUGUGCACUCUCGUGAGGGACAGAGAGGAGCAACUUCGGCAGGACCAGAGCCCUCAGUGAGUGGCGUGUGAGGCUCUUUCCACCUGCUUUGCCAGGAACAAGUAGACGCCACGACGUGGACUGGGCAUGCCCGGGCUCCCGGUCUCCUCCAAGUUGAGGCCACCGGCUGAGAGGCCCAGGCCCGUCCACACCGCACUGCGAAUCCCGCACAACGCCCACGCUGCGGGUCGGCGGGAACCUGAGACCUUGGACAAGCCCGGGGGCACCGGCCAGGUGGGCCACCAACUGGCCUGGAAGUUGACUAGUGACGGCGGAGCCGAGCGGGGUUUCCCGGCGAAGACAAGAGAGAAGGCAGAUAGCAAGAUUUACACUGACUGGGCGAAUCACUACUUGGCAAGGUCUGGCCACAAGCGACUCAUCAAGGAUUUACAACAGGACAUUGCCGAUGGCGUUCUUUUGGCAGAGAUCAUCCAGAUUAUUGCAAAUGAGAAGGUGGAAGCCAUCAACAGUUGCCCGAGGAGCCAGGCCCAGAUGAUUGAGAAUGUUGAUGCCUGUCUCAGCUUCCUGGCAGUGAGAGGAGUUCAUAUUCAAAGUCUCUCGGCUGAAGAGAUUCGGGAUGGAAAUCUGAAGGCUAUCCUGGGACUCUUCUUCAGCUUGUCUCGGUACAAGCAGGAACAGCAGCGGUACCAGGAGCCGUCGGCGGGCAGUGCCGUGGUCUCGCAGCAGAGGGCGCCAGCUGAAAUGCAGUCAAGGCUCCCAGGUCCCUCCAGGGUAGCAAACACAGGCAGUACCACCAAGGUCCAAGGAGCCAACGGCUCGAACAGGCGGAGUCAGAGUUUCAACACCAUUGACAAGAACAAGCCUCUCCAGUAUGCAGCCAGCAGCGAGCGAGAGUCACCUAAAGGUCCAUCUUUACCAGGGGGCAUGAACGGAGCCCCAGCAACUGGAGGGGGCAGUGGGCAGCAGCCGGCCUCCGCCAUUCCUUCCCCCAGCUCCGGCAAAGCAUGGCGUAGCAAGUCGAUGAACGUCAAGCACACGGCCACGGCACCCAUGCUGAGUGUGAAGCCACCGAGCCCAGCCACCUCACCCACCCGCCCGCCCCAUUCUGAAGCUCCCGAAGCCCCCAAAGCUGGCGAGCAAAGGUCUGUGCUGGAGAAGUUCAAGCUGAGCCACGGCAGGUCGCCAUCCCGGCUGCCUGGGUCCUCGAGCGGCACUGGGCCAGUGGUGAUCCCAGAGGGAGGAAGGGAAGAGGGCACACCCUCGGAGGGCGGGGAGAUGGAAGGCAGCCCCAAGGCCCUGCCAAAGGGGCCCGGCCAGCGGGCGGGUGGCAAGGCCCCCAGCCACAAGAAGCCUGCGGCCCAGCUGAAGGACGAGAGGGAGAAGGAGAAGGGCAAGGGGGCUAAGGCCGCCAAGGAAGACAGGGCCAGCGAGGCGCCCAGGAAGAGCUCAAAGAUUGCCAGCCUGAUUCCCAAAGGGGGCAAGGCAGCCGGAGGCAAGAAGGAGUCUUCCAUCCCUGCGUCCAGUGGGAUCCCCAAGCCUGGAUCCAAGACAGUGGCAGCAACAGCAGGGAAGGUGCCGACACCGGGAGCCAAGGAGGCCGAGAAGGUCAAGAGUGCCAAGGGCAGCCCCAGCCACCACCCACAGAAGAGCCCCAGCGAGGGGAAAACUUAUGCAGCCCCCUCGGAGGGGAGGGGCACAGGACCCGCUUCCUCGCCCCCCUCCUCCUCUUCCUCUCCGAGUGCCGUCGGGGUCUCGGGAGGUGCUGGCAGCCAUACACCGGGUAGUCCCAAUGCGCACGUCUACCUGCCUCAUUCUCAGCAGCAAUACAGCCACCCCAACACUGCCACCGUCGCACCCUUCUUGUACAAAACACACUCGGACAGCGAUGGCUCUUCACUACAUAGUGCCGAUGUAAGUGCCAGCCACACAAAACUGGAUUCUGUUUACAACAAGACAGCCAAACAGUGCCUCGAGGAGAUCUCUGGGGAAGACCCAGAGACCAGGAGAAUGAGGACGGUGAAGAACAUUGCCGACCUGCGGCAGAAUCUGGAGGAGACCAUGUCCAGUCUCCGUGGGACUCAGAUAAGCCAUAGCACUUUGGAGACAACGUUCGACAGCACCGUCACCACUGAGGUCAACGGGCGCACCAUUCCCGCUGUCUCUGCAAGGACCUCGGCUAUGGGCUGGCGCUUGGGACAGAACAGCCCUCGGCUACAAGCUGGAGAUGCCCCUUCCCUGGGUAGCGGGUACCCCCCGCCGCGGGCUGGCGCUGGACGCCUCCUCCACCCCGACGGCCCGCGCUAUGCCUAUGGCGCACCCCUCCGCCGGACAGCCGGCUCCAGGGUCUGCAGCGUCCCCCAGUCAGAUCUGGUAGAAAGGGGGGGCGGCCCCGAGUUUGAUUCGGCGCUCGGCAAUGCAGACGCGACUGGUUACAUGAGCGACGGCGACCUGCUGGGGAAGAACGGCAGAGCCGAUGACAUUGGCAGCGGGUACAUGACCGACGGAGGCCUUAACCUGUACACUCGGAGCAUGAACCGGAUCCCGGAUGUGUCAGCGACACGUGACAUCAUACAACGAGGCGUGCCUGAUGUGACAGGAGAUGGUGAUAGCUGGGAUGACAGCAGUUCAGUCAGCAGUGGUCUCAGUGACACACUCGACAACCUUAGUACUGAUGACAUGAACACCACCUCAUCCAUCAGCUCUUACUCGAACAUCACUGCAUCUUCCAGGAAGAAUACCAGCACUCAGCUCAAAGCAGACUCAGAAAAGCACUCGAUGUCAGAAAAUGAAGCAGCUUGGAGCGGGGAGGAGCUGAAGAAAUCUGAGGACGGAGCAGAGAUAGCAAAGAUGGAGCCAAACGAGAAGUGGAAGAGGAACCCCUCGGACCUGUCUGAUGACUCCGAGAAGGGGCAGAGACCCACAUUGUCUUUGUCCCAGACCGGAUCGUGGAGGCGGGGGAUGACGGCACAGGGAGGGGUACCCACUCCUCGGAGCAAGGCUACACCCCUCCCCUUAAAGCCAGUUGGUAAGAUGGAUGAUGCCAAAGUGUCAGAGAAAGGGAAGGUGGCCCUGAAAGGGACAGCCACGAAUUCUCCACCUGAGGCUGGCAGGAGUAGCGGCGAUGAGGGCAAAAAGCCGCCCUCGGGGAUGGCACGGACGCCCACCGUCUCCUUCGGCUUCAAGAAGGCUGGAGUUAGCUCGUCCGUCGGCACGACCGCCAGCGGGGUGACGGUGAGCAGCGGGUCCGCUACCCUUGGCAAGGUGCCCAAGUCCUCCGGCAUCCCCAGCAAGCCCGGCUCAGCCAGGAAGACCAGCCUGGAUGGAUCUCAGAACCAAGACGAUGGGAUCUUGCUGGUUAGCUCCCGGACCAACCUGCAGUACCGCAGCCUGCCCCGGCCGGCUAAGUCUAGCGUGGGCAGCACGAGCGGCCGCUGCAGCCAGCGCUCCAGUGCCAGUAACGUCGAGGGUGGCACAAAGGGGCCACCCGCUGCCCCCUCCUCCAAGCUCAGAGAGCCGUCUAAAGUGGGCUCUGGGCGCUCCAGCCCCAUCGGCAGCGCCGGCCCAUCCGAGCGGGAGAGGGCGGCAGUGUCCGAUCCAGAGAGCGCCUCUCUGUCAACCUCGCCCAAGUCCAGCCCCCCUCCCUCUACAGCUGGCGGGGCACCGGGGCUCAGGCAGCAGGCAUCCAAAUACCCCGACAUCUCAUCACCUACCUUUCGCAGGCUGUUUGGCACAAAGGUUGCUGGCAAACCAGUCAGCGGGUCUGGCUCGGAAUCCGCAAAGAGCCCCACCAUUGUCUCCAGCCCCCAUGGCUCGCUGUCUCGCCAGGGCAGCCUGGAGUCACCGUCGACCGGUCCGGGGGGCCUGACUGGAGCGGGGGGCAAACCAGCAGAGCAGGCAGUGGAGGGAAGCGGCCAGAGCCCCUCGUUGGCCUCCAGUCCCGCUUCCCUCCAUUCGCUGCCUUCCAGCGGGCACCAGCUGCCCGCCAGCCUCAGCAGCUCCCCUGGCGGCAGCAAGGAUACCCUCAGCUACCCCUCGCUGACCAGCCUGCACACCAGCUCAGAGUCCAUCGACCUGCCACUCAGCCACCAUGGCUCGCUCUCUGGCCUGACCACGACGCCCAAGGGGGAGGUACAGAAUCUGCUACUGAGGGCAGGGAGUGUCAAGUCAACUCUCUCUGAAAGUCCCUUCUGUUUCCUUGUGACUUCUCCCCACUGCCGCAGGGUCACUCGGCCUUGGAAGCAGGACAGUUUGCAACUUGAUCGAAACACGCUACCUAAAAAGGGACUGAGGUACACACCAUCAUCUCGGCAAACAAGCCAAGAGGAGGGCAAGGAGUGGCUUCGAUCUCAUUCCACUGGAGGUCUUCAGGACACUGUCAGUCAGUCGCCUCUCCCCUCACCCUCUGCUAUCUCCUCUCCUUGUAGUGGGAUCUACACCUUCACUCAUUUAGGUCCCAGCAUGAUGCGCUCAAACAGCAUUCCGACGCAGGAUUCCUCCUUUGACCUGUACGGAGACUCCCAGCUGGGCGGAAGUGCCAUUUCCCUGGAAGAAAGACCGAGGACAAUGAGCAGAUCUGGAUCUUUCCGAGGCAGCAUGGAAGAAGUCCAUGGAUCGUCUCUAUCUCUGGUUUCAAGCACAUCAUCUCUUUACUCCACUGCUGAAGAAAAAGCACAUUCAGAGCAAAUUCGAAAACUUCGAAGGGAACUGGAUACUUCCCAGGAGAAGGUUGCUACUCUCACCUCCCAACUCUCAGCCAACGCUCAUCUCGUGGCAGCCUUUGAGCAAAGCCUAAGCAAUAUGACCUCGCGACUGCAGAACCUCACAAUGACAGCUGAGCAGAAGGAAUCGGAAUUAACGGAACUGAGAGAGACAAUCGAAAUGCUGAAGAGGCAAAACUCAGCAGCACAAGCAGCCAUUCAGGGUGCCUUGAAUGGGCCUGAUAAUGCAAACAAAGACAUACGGAUUAGAAGACAACAUUCUUCAGACAAUGUUUCAAGCGUCAACAAUGCGGCCAGCCAUGCAAGCAUGGGGAAUGCGAAUGACAUGGAGUCGAAGAAAAAGAAGAAGAAACAAAGUUGGCUGAGAAGCUCGUUCAAGCAAGCUUUUGGUAAAAAGAAGUCUUCAAAGUCUAACCCCUCCCACUCAGACAUCGAAGAGAUCCCUGACCCCUCACUGGCAUCAUCACCGAAACCCCACCAAGAAUCAACAGAAGCUGGAGGCUUAAGACCAUCACACUCAACAUCUGCGAUCUGCGAAUGCACGGAGUCGGAGGCUGAGGCCAUUGUCCACCUCAAGAGUGAGCUGCGGGAGAAGGAGCUGAAGCUGACUGACAUCCGGCUCGAAGCUCUGAGUUCGGCUCAUCACCUCGAUCAGAUCCGAGAGGCCAUGAACAGAAUGCAGAAUGAGAUCGAGCAACUUAAAGCAGAGAAUGAUCGCCUGAAGUCGGAAACAGGUAGCAGUGGGGCAGCCCGCACACAAUCCCGGUCUUCAACUUCCUCUUCCUCCUCCUCUUCCCGCCAGUCCUUGGGACUUUCCCUGCAAAACCUCAACGUCACAGACUCUAUGACAUCAGACAUCCUACUUGACGAAGGGACAGAUGGAAAAUUUCGGAAGGAAUGCUGUAACGUCAGGAUUAUGAUCUGUUUGAACAAACAGCUCAACCGAACCAAGGAUGAAAAGACGCCUCAGUAUCUGAUUGGCUCCAUUGGAGUCAGUGGAAAGACAAAGUGGGAUGUUCUUGAUGGUGUUAUUCGUCGAUUGUUCAAGGAGUAUAUUUUCCGUCUGGAUCCGUCUACCAGCCUGGGUCUGUCCACUGACAGCAUAGUCAGCUACAAUGUAGGUGAUAUCGUAAGAUCCUACAACAUGGAGUUACCUGAGCUUCUCCCUUGUGGGUACCUGGUUGGGGAUAGCAACGUCAUCACAGUGAAUCUUAAAGGUGUGGCGGAGAACAGCGUGGACAGUUUGGUGUUUGAGGCCCUCAUCCCAAAGCCCACCAUGCACUGUUAUCUCAAUAUACUACUGGAACAUCGGAGGAUCAUACUCUCUGGACCCAGCGGGACUGGGAAAACCUACCUGGCCAAUAAAUUGGCCGAGUUCCUGGUGAAUAGAUCUGGGCAGGAUGUCAGCAACGGGUCAAUAGCUACAUUCAACGUGGACCACAAGUCCAGCAAGGAAUUGCGCCAAUAUCUGUCAAGUCUGGCCGAACAGUGUGCUGCUGCGGAUAAUGGAUCUGAGCUUCCGCUGGUAAUAAUCCUCGACAAUCUCCAUCAUGUUGGUUCUCUGAGUGACAUCUUUAAUGGAUUCCUCAACUGUAGGUACCACAAAUGUCCAUAUGUCAUUGGAACGAUGAACCAGGCUGUCUCCUCAUCGGCCAACUUGGAGCUUCAUCAUAACUUCAGGUGGGUGCUGUGUGCCAAUCAUACAGAACCCGUGAAGGGAUUUCUGGGUCGCUACUUGCGUCGUAAGCUGAUUGAGACUGAAAUUGACAAAAACAUGCGCAACAAUGACCUCCUGAGAAUUAUCGACUGGAUUCCCAAAGUGUGGCAGCAUCUCAAUGGCUUCCUGGAAUCUCACAGUUCUUCUGACGUGACCAUUGGUCCCCGUCUCUUCCUCUCCUGCCCUCUGGAGGUGGAUGGUUCCAGGGUAUGGUUCACGGAUCUGUGGAACUAUUCUCUAAUCCCUUACCUUCUGGAAGCUGUUCGAGAGGGUCUUCAGCUGUACGGUACCAGAGCAGAGUGGGAGGACCCUUCCCGCUGGGUGCUGGACACAUACCCAUGGACCAGCUGCUCCCUUCAGCAGGACUGGCCAUGUCUUCUCCAGCUGCGGCCUGAAGACGUUGGCUACGAUGGGCACGUCUCCACCAAGGAAGGGGGCUCCUCCAAGCACGUUCCUCAGAGUGACAGCGACAGAGACCCAUUGAUGAACAUGUUGAUGAGACUCCAGGAGGCAGCCAACUACUCGAGUGCACAGAGCUGUGACAGCGACAGCACGAGUCACCACGAUGACAUCCUGGAUUCGUCUUUGGAGUCGACUCUCUGAAGCAGGGGUCGGAACGGCGGACUGCUCAUCAGAAACCCAAACCUGCCACCCGUGUCUACUGAUGCUGCGAGGCAGCAAACGAGAGCUCAGUGCCAAGGCCGGUCUGCAGAUUGCAUGGGAACAGGGGUGUUUAGAGAGAGCUUGUACAACCUGAACAAUCUGUGUUGGACUGCACGCUAGCAGGCACAGACUCAGCAUGGUUGGAACGCAGGUUGGAUUUGUGGGUGUUUGUAUGAAUAAAAUACCACACACACAUGUACACAUGUGUAUAUAUACACACACACACACAUACACAAAUGCAUUCACACACAGAUGCACACAAACACAUGCAGACGCACGCACGCACACACAUACACAAAUGCAUUCACACACAAACACACGCAAACACACACAGACGCACACACACACGCACGCACACACACAUACACAGAUGCAUUCACACACAGAUGUACACAAACACACACAGAUGCACACAAACACACGCACUCACACACACACACACACACACACACACACACACACACACACACACACACACACACACACACACACACACACACACACACACAC